GAUCCUUGAGUGGGCGAGAAGAGGUGGAAACGAAACCAAAACCUUUGAUGAGGAGUGUUUGCAAAAGAACCUAAAUCUCUGCAUGGCCCUAUCUUGGGUGGGGAUUUGAGCUGGGCCUUGAGCUAGCGACAGCAGCAAGAAGAUUUAUCUGAUUUUAAUUAAUACCUGGAUGAUGUUACUUCAUGAGUUGCCAGUUUCCAGUGUCACAAGAUCCCACGUGGGUAAGUGGUUUUGAAGUCAGUUCUGUUCCCCAUGCAGCCAUGUGAUGUAAUGAACGCAUUGCUCAGCAAUGCCUGGAACAAGCAUGGUUGCAGAAAUCCAUCUCUCCAAGAGAACAGCAUUUUCUCCUGCAAUUGUACAGGCACUGCAAUGAAGCUUUUCUUUUCUUUAUCUUUUUUUUUUUUAUAAAUGGUUCACUAAGACCAACAGUCACUAAGAUACUUGAUUCACCCUGUUCCUAGUCCUCAUGGAUCCUCUAGCUUUGGGUGAGCUGUGAAACCAUGAUUCCCAGGCAAAUGAGUCUCCUCUCCUGUGGUGUCUCUCAGCGUUACCUCUUUGCAUGAAAGCAAAUGACUUCCCCAGCACAUGAAGCUGUUCUGGACAGUCUGUCUGACCAUGAUCCUACUUCUUUUCUUCAGAGUACAGCAGCUGGAGAGGAAGCUUGCACCUCCCUCCAUAUCAGUGCAGCCUCUUGUUUUGAGGAGGGCUACGGGUCCCACCCUGUGCAUUAUCCCUGUUUCUCUGUGCUUUACCAUGACCUUUUGCUGAAUAUACAGUGACCCGUUCUCAGCCUGAGAUCUUCAUUCAGCUCUUCUGAUUUCUGCAACCCUAUUGAUCAUGCUUGGCUUUCACUAAUGUAUUCACGGCAACUAAUCUGAUGCAACCUUGGGAUUUGUACUUCAUGAGUUGUGCCUGGCUGUUUGAAGAGGAGGAGGAGGAGGAGGAGGAGGAGGAGGACAGCCUUCUGUCUGUGGCACUCUUCAGCCCUGCAUGGCCCUUAGGGUCCAGCUCCAGCUCUGGACCUCCACCAUGCAAAAGGGCUAGAAAAUGCCUCCUUGCUCAUGGAAAGCAAGAUCUCGAGGAAGUCGCCAGUGGGAGUGUGCGUGAAGAUUUCACAAUCUGGUCCCCCAGGAGAGCCAGCCAGCUGCCUGCUGCCUUGGGGCUGAGUUGGCAUUUCUUAACAGUGAAAGACAAGGUGGAUGUACAAAGCGCUGGAUUUCUGACAAUACGACAUAGAGUCCCUCAAAGAGGCACCUUCAGCAUGGCCCAUAACAGCCAAGCUGGUGGAAUUGAGAAAAAUGGGUCACUUUCCUCCAUCCUGUAUUGUAAGAGUGAUUUAAAGGAAGGAUCCCUGCAGUGGGUGAAAGAACCCCUCAACGGCCAGGUGCUCAUGGUGCUCAGCAUGGCCAACAACUGCUCAGCUACCUCCUUUGACAUGGAGCUUUGCGCAGAGAAACUGAAGUCCCUUGGGGUUCAGGUGGCAGCGGAUCAGUGGAGUAGGUUAAUCCAGGAUGCUGUCCUGAAGCCUGAAGUGAGACGGUACAUGUUGUACAACUCCAGGGCGUUCCAGCUAGCCAUCGCCGUGGUUUUCUACAUGUCUCUCUGGACAAACAUUUACUCCACAGUCCAGCUCUGUUCCUUCAGACGCUACUGGGAGGCCAGCGUGCUGGUGACCCUGGCUGCCGUAGCCGUCACUGUAGUUGUGAUACUGGUUAUCGACCGCCGCCAGAGGAAGAUAAAUAUGAAUACAGAUGUGAGGCUGGCAGCUGUCAAUGAAAUCUUUAUUAAACACAGUUUAAUACUGGGGAUUACAGAUGCCCUGGACGGGCCACACAACAUCCUACAACUGUGGUUUGUGCACUUCAGCCCGGAGCGCUGCCUCCAGUCCUUGUCAUCCCACAUCAUGGACCUGCAGAGGACGCGAGAGUCGGGCUUGCGGCACAGCCUGGACCAGCUCUGUGUGGUUAUGGAGGUGGCGUUUCAGCCCGACCCAGGGACGGAGGAGGAGGCUUUGCAUGAAGAGUCCCCUCUUUUAUCCAGCCGGGUGAACCUAAAUAAAGAGCCUGUGACAUGCAACGAGCUGCUCCACCUCGUGCCCGAGGGCCCGCCAGAGGUGAUGGCCCAGCAGCUCCUGGUGAUAUUCAGUGGAUGCUAUGUCCGGCUCCUGGUCACUGGCCGGCUCCCUCGGGCCGUGGCAGGGGGGCACCUGGAGCACAGCAGCGUGCCCUGUCUCUGCCAGUUUAUCGAGACCACUGUGCUCAACACACACCAGAGCUGGUUCACAGGCAGGUGACCAGAGGGGGCCGGGAAAACAUUGAAAUAAAAGCUUUCUAUACAAAACAGUGUGAAGACGCCAUGGGGCAGAGGAGAGGGCUGUAGUCACUCAUCCUGGACUUAUCUGGAUGAAUGAAUGGAGAUAUGAAUCUAAUAAAACAUGCAAGAUACCAGAAAGCUGC